AUGGCGGACAAAGAAGGAUAUCUCGCAAAGCCGUCGGGCGAGUGUUGCUUGAAAGGCACGCUACACGAGGGGCAGCCCAGGGGCCGGACCGAGACGGUCGCUGGUAUUGAGACAUACAUCUCGGCUCCUCAGGGUAGGAACAAUGGCAACGUCGUGCUUUACUUCCCUGACGUAUGGGGAUUCUUCAACAACGGUUUCCUGGUCAUGGACGGUUUUGCGGAUGCCGGCUAUACGUGUAUAGGAUUGGAUUAUUUUCGAGGGGACCCGGUGUGGAAGCAUCGCAAGAGUCGCGAUGACCCUGCUCCAGGGUUUGAUUAUGAAGCAUGGAAGAAGAAGCACAUCGCAUUCGCAGAUGAGGUGGUGCCGGGUUGGGUCGAGGCUGUAAAGGCUCAGUUUGGCUCACCCACGACAAAAUAUGCGUGCGUCGGGUAUUGUUUUGGGGCUCCAUAUGUCUGCAACGAGUUAGCCAGAGACAUCUGCACUGCCGGCGCGUUCGCCCACCCGGCCUUCUUGAAGGAGACACAUUUCCGGCGGCUUAAGAAACCUCUUUUUCUGUCUUGCGCCGAGACCGACCACACAUUUGGGACUGCCGCACGCAAUGAUGCCAUCAAGAUCCUCCAGGAAGACAAGAAACCAUAUAACUUGCAGCUAUUCUCGGGUGUUGAACACGGGUUUGCGCUUCGCUGCAACUUGGACAACCCCUACGAGCGUUAUGCUAAGGAAGAGAGCCUUAGAGCCAUUGCCCAGUGGUUCGAUUUCUGGUUAGCACAGUAG